UAAACUUUGUUUUGUUAAAGAUUAAAUAUGUUGUUGUAUUAUAGUAAUUAAAAAAGCUCAUAUAUAUAUUAUAUUGUUUUAUUCUAUCUGCAUUCUGUUGUUUGUUCUAUUUAUUGAACGUUGCGCUUAAUUUACUUAUUUUAAUAACUAACAAUCGGCAAUCGCGCUCACCUAUUAUUAUUACAGUAUUAUAGUUGUCGAUUUUUCCGUUGCAUUGUGUUUGUCUACCUAAAACAUGCCGGAGCGAAAAACGUCUAAAUCUGAAAAGUUAUUGAAUCAAUGGUGUGCCCAAAACAACUUGAAUCCGAAAUUCAACUUCCAUCAUGACGAUAUGAAAAACAACUACAAUCAAAUUUGUAAACUCACAGUACCAGGGCACGAUUAUGUUGCCAUCGGAGUUAGUAAGAAGAGGAAACAUGCUAUAUCUCAGUGUUGUACAGAUUUUAUGGAAUAUUUAGAAAAAGAAUUAGGACUCGACCGCAAAGCUUUGUCGGGAAUCAAAGAGCCAUUAUCAAAGUGUACUCUUAUUGAACCCACAAGUGUAACAUUAAAUGCCGGCGAUAAAGAAUAUGUAAAGAUUGUCGAGAAAAUAAAACUAAAAAAUAUAUAUAUCGACGAGACAGACUGCUUGGAUGCAAAUGCUAACAAACAUGGCAAUUGGACGUCAGACAUAGCGAAAAAAAAUUUGAUGAUUUACACAAAGUUGAACGAGAUAAAAAAUUGCGAUUUCAAGUAUGCGACCAUCGAGAAAAAAUGUUGUUACACUGCAAAAAUUUCCGUUUAUAUUAAACUACUCGACAUACACGUUGCCGCUUGUCAACCGGGAAAAUCUAAACUGGCCGCGUCAAAUAGAUGUUCGCUUUCGGUCAUACGUCAGUUAUUUCAUAUGGACAUCGUGGAGGGUUAUUCGUCCUCGAUGUCGUCAACGGAGAAAUCUGAUAUUUUACAUAAGAAAAAAUCGUACAAAGUGAAUGUUGAUCAACAGUUGGUAGAUCGUGUAUAUGACGUUUUGGACAAAUUCAGCGUCGAACCCGUCAUCAAGAAAGACGAUAUUCUCGAAGCUAAACGUUCAUUUUCGCUGAUACCCGACGUGUCAGUUGCCGAGUACAGAGAGUUUAAACCGUCGACUGCGGCCAAAGUUGUUCAAUGGAUUCCGCCUAUGAUUGACGUGGAUCCUUGGAGAAGAAACAGUAAUAUAUCGAGUUAUGACACUUUGGAUGAAAUGAGCGAAGAUUUAAGUAAACAGUUCAAUAAACAUUUUCAUAACAGCAGUUUGUCGAAAAGCUUGUCAAAAUGCAAUAAGCUACCCAUCUAUAGCAGAGCGAUCGAAAUCUUGGACGCAAUUGAGAAAAAUCCUGUAGUCAUAAUCGAAGGAAGCACAGGCUGCGGUAAAACAACACAGGUCAGUCAGCUCAUACUCGAUGAUCAUUUGAGCGAUAACAAGGGAGCGUACUGCAAUAUUAUUUGCACCCAACCCAGGAAGUUAUCGGCCAUCUCUGUUGCUAAUCGAAUUGCCUCUGAACGAGGCGAAACCUUGGGCCAGAGUGUCGGCUACGCUGUACGGUUCGAGCACGUCUUCCCUCGUUCACACGGUUCCAUUUUGGUUUGUACCGACGGUAUACUCAUGCGAAGAUUGGAGUAUGGCUUACACGGCAUAUCGCACAUAAUAGUGGACGAGAUACACGAACGACACGCCGACACCGAUUUUCUAAUGAUCGUGCUCAAAGACAUGGUAGAAAAAUAUCCGGAUAUUCGGAUAAUUCUUAUGUCGGCUACUAUUGACAUUGAAUUAUUCAGCAGUUACUUCAACGAUUGUCCGAUAAUCACCAUCAAAGGAACCUGUCAUCCCAUAAAGGAAUUUUUCCUGGAAGACAUUAUUAAAAAGCUUGACUUUCAGCCGAACACAGAUAAAAAGAAACUCAGAAGAUGUAACAAAAAAACUAAUGGUGAAAACUGUAACUUAUUUGUGUCUGACGACUAUCCCGAAAUUGUCAGGGAACGAGUGGCGAUGAUUCCAGAGGACGAUCAACAUUUUGAACUCGUCGAAGCUCUGUUGGCUUCCAUUGACGCGAAAGAACAACCCGAAAACAGGUCCGGCGCCGUUUUGAUAUUUUUACCCGGUUGGGACUGGAUCGCGGCCUUGAGGAAUUAUUUGUCGAAAAAAGCGCUAUUUGCUUCGCCGAGGUUUUUAAUUUUGCCUCUUCAUUCUAAGCUUCCGACCUCUGAACAGGAAAAAGUUUUUCAGAAAGUACCACCAGGCGUGCGAAAGUUAAUUUUGACGACAAAUAUUGCCGAAACAUCGAUAACAAUUGAAGACAUAGUUUAUGUCAUCGAUUACGGCAAAGCAAGGAUGAAUGUAUUCACUCCUCUAGACAAUACGAUCAACUUUGUUACCGUUUGGGUGUCCAAAGCGAACAAACGACAACGGAUGGGUCGAGCUGGCCGCGUGAAACCCGGAUACUGUUUUCAUUUGUGCUCAAAGGCGAGAUACGAUAAAUUGGACGACCAUAUUGUGCCAGAACUCACUCGCUUGCCUUUAAUAAUGAUCGGAUUGGGCAUUAAACUGUUGAAAUUGGGAGACAUCGGAAGUUACUUGAGUAGAGCCAUUCAACCUCCUCCCAUGAAAUCUGUCGUGGAAGCCGAAUCCAUUCUCAAAAGCAUGAAGUGUCUUGGCGACAAUCUGGAACUCACCUCUUUGGGUCUAAUCGCCGCAAGACAACUACUUUGGCCAAAAUUGACCCGCAUGAUUGUGUUGGCGAGCUUCUUUAAGCUUGGCGACCCGUUGAGCAUAGUAGCGGCCGUCCAUUCGGACCAAUGCGAGCUGUUCAUACAAGACCAAGGAGUGCCGAGCGUUAAACAAUCGUUUUCCAAAAACUACUGUUCGGACCAGAUAGCCACACUGAACGCGUUUUACCAAUGGCAGUACAUGCACAGGAACGACAUCAACGACUGGGGCUUUUGUUCCGACAACAUGUUGUCUUGGGGCUCGUUGAUGUCCGCUCAUAACAUCAAGAAACAGAUACAGCAGAGAAUGAUCAAUAGCGGUUUUCCCAAGGAGUGUUACCGUCAACCCGAUAUCGACUUUGAACACGACACGGCAGAGGACAGCCCGGACUUGGACUUGCUGCCGGCCAUCUUGACUGCAGGAUUUUAUCCGAACGUUUGCUGCCACGAUUUUGGAAGAGUGGUUAAUUUAAAAGAUAAAUUAACGGCGUGUAUACACAGAUCGUCCGUCAACUGUGAACAAAACAAGAAAACGCAAUUUCCUUCGCCGUUCUUUGUUUUCGCCGAUAGAUUACAAACCGGCGCCUUGUUCUGCAUGCAAAUGACCAUGGUUACACCGAUCCACCUACUAUUGUUUGGCGCUGUGAAAAUAGAAUACACCGACGACUGCGUAGUGUUGGACGACUGGAUUCGUUUGGACAUGGACGUGAAAUCCGCUGCCGCCAUUGUAGCGCUGCGUCCGAUCAUCGAAGAGAUCAUGGUAAGAGCGGUCGAGCAGCCUGAAUGCAUACUUAGACGGACCGAGGCCGAUCGUGGUUUCAUACAAAUCUUGCGAGAUCUUUGCAAUUUUAACGCCGGGACACACGACAUGCCUCCAAUAGAACUUGAUCAAAAAAACCAUUCAAGCUGUACUUCCGACGGUCGUAAUCGGUCGAGUUAUAGUUCUUAACAAUCGAGAGAACGGUUAAUGUUAUUUAAGAAAGAUGUACAUUUAAAAUAUUAUAAUGCAAUUUUGUUUUAUAUAAAGAGACCACCGUAAGCUUUCGAUAAUUUUAAAUGUAUUUUUUUUUUUG